ACCUAUCAGUUUAUAAUGACGAAAUUUUAUUUUCACUUGUUUUAAUUUAUUAUUUAAUAUUUGGCGCAAUACAGAGAAACACGGUGCUACAGUUUUCGAUAACACGAUAACAUGAUACCUAGGUACCACAUGGUUUUUUUGUGGUCAUAUUAAUUGUAGGUUACAACGGUCAUUCUGAACGUUACUUUUUAAGAUAUAUUUUACCAAUUUUUCCUUUUUUAAAUAAAAUAAGUAUAUUAUUUUAUUUAUAAUCAAAUAAAAUAUAAGAAAUUUUAUCACGACAUUUGUAUUUUAUAAAACGAAAAAAAAUUCAUUUUUUCUCUGAGGAUGUCAAAAACUCAAAACUAUCAACGUGCAAACGCUAUCAUAAACAGCUGUUUGAUUGUCCUCGAAUUGAAAGGCGGACCGGUCAAAAAUCUAAAUUUCUGGAUACCCACCAAUUUUCAUAACUAUAGUCGUUAAUUAAACAUUUUUUGUAUUUGUAACGAAAUUGUUAAUAAUAAAAAUGUAGUUCAAUAAACUAUUGUGGUUUUUUAUUAAUAAUAUCGAUUUUUUAUUUUAUCGAGCAAUCUAAGCAUUCCGUUAAUAAUAUUUUAUUUAUGUUUAAUUUGAUCAACCUUGAAUUACGUAUACCUAUAAUAAAUUAAAGGUAAUAAUAGUUAAAUUUUUUUACUGUUUUCUACAAUUUGUUAUGAUUUGUAUUUUGCUGUAAUCUAUAAAAUUUACAAGUGCGAAUAUUUUUAAUUAUGUACCUACCUACAAUAAUACUACCUUCCAAACUACUUCAAUAUCCUUCAAAAAUCCAUUAAUAGUUAAUCAGUUGUUAUUGCGACUUUAUAAAAUAUAAAUUAAUUUGUGUAUUGUUAGGUAAGUAUUUUAUAUUACUAAUAAAAUAAGAAAUACCCAUAUUUUUGUUAAUGUCAACAAUUUGUCAUAGUAUAUCCACUUUAAGUCACUAUUAUUUAGUAAGGUAUGUAAUACUUAAUAAUUGGAUACAUUUGCUACAAGUUAUAAUAGGCCAAUAUUAUAUUGUUAAAAUAAUAUUUGGAUAGGUUAUUUAAUAGUUAAUGCAAGCGAGUAAGUUAGGUUAAGUUAAAAUUAUUGAUAGCUUGCAACAAUUGUAUUUAAACUUCUAUAGUUCAAUCAAGAUAGGUAGUUUAUAUCAGUGUUAUUUCUCAUAUAUAUAUAUAUAUAUAUAUGUAUGUAUAAUAUUUUUUACUAUUCACUAUUUUCAUUUUACCUAUCAUAUUUAUUUACUUUUCUAUGGUGAUAUAUAUAAAAUUAUACAAUGAGUACCUAUAUAGGUAUUUUUAUUUCAUUAUUAUUAUAUUUGAAGGUCAUGUUUCUAUUAUUAAAAAAAAAUAAUCAUUAAUUGGUAAUGUUACCAGUUCUGCUUAUGACUAUAACAAUUGGUAAUAUGAAUUCUAUUAAAGUGUACCUAGAAAAUCUAUAAUAUUUUUAUACAUUUAAAUAAAACACUUUCAAUAUUUACGUGAAAAUGAUAGGAUUGUGUUAGAAUAUGAUUAUUGUUAAAUUAUUUUAAAUUAUUUAAUAAUUUCAAUAUUUUAUUACAAAAAAUAAACAUUUUUCUUAUUAUAUUUUUCAGCUUGGUUGGUGUUAUAUAAUAUUUUUUAAAUAAUUUUACACUUUUACAUCAUUAUCUUAUCUUAAGUACCUACCUAAUUUAUUAUUUAUUUUCAAGAAAUUGUAUUAUAAUUUAAUAUUUUAAUAGUUCUAAGAAAGUCUUCCUCUGAUUUAUUUGUUAUUAUCUUAAAUAUUAUAUAUACAAUUUUUUGACCAAAUUAAUAUUUUAUUAUAAUUUUUAUUUUUAUAGAAUAAACUAACUCAUUCAUUUCCAAAGAAAUUAAAUCACAAUGGGAAUCCUUGAUGAUCUUGUAAGUAUUUAAUGAUUGAUUAAAGAUUAACUAUGUUAUGUUAUAUUCAACAUAAUUAAUGCAUUAUUUAUACAGGAUGAUCAAUCUAUUGUAAGACACUUAUUAUCUUGGAAAAUAUUAAUUUUUUUGGAAUUUAUUUUAACUAAUAUUCAAUAUUUUAUAGAAUUUUUAAUAUAAGUUGUCAUUUUAAAUUUUAAAGUAGGUAGUCCCACUUUAAAUAAAAUGCCCAAAGAAAGUUUUAUUUAUAUUACCAUAUAUACCAUACAUACCAUAUGACUCAUGGCGUUAACGGUUACAUUUAAAAUUGAAUAAAUUACAGAAGUUUUGUUUAUUUAAUUAAAUAAAUAUAAUAAACUUUUUUUUUCUAUAAUACAAUCAAUUUUAAAUCAGGGUACGGAAUCAUAAUAUUAGAUAUUUAAUUUAUUCCUUUGGUGAUUUUUGAUAUAAUAUGAUCAUCAUUUGAUUUCUUUUAUAACUGCUUUUUUUGUUAACUAAUUUAUUAUAAUUCAUGCCAAAGUGCUUUCAUUGGUUGGUUCUUCCCUCAAAUAACUCAAGCUACUAUAUUAUAUAAUUUUAAAAAACAACCAUUAUGCUUAUUGUACUUUUGUUAUGUAUAGAUUGUGUAAGUUCUAGAUUAUAAAUAAAUAUAAAAAUGUAUUGCAUUUAUUCUAUUUAAACUUUAUAAAAUUUGUUUAAAAUCUAAAUUUAUUUUUAAUUUCAUAUUAUAAAAUAAAACACUUUAAUAUGCUACAGACAUAAGUUACAAUUUAAAAAACAAAUAAACCAAAAUUAAUUAAAAUAUUGUACACAUACUUAGCAAUUGGAAUAUUAUUUCUGAAAUACAGAAAUCAUUUUAAUUGAUAAUGUACAUUACUUAUUAUAUUUUUUUUUCUGUAUUUAUACCUGUAGGUAUAAAACUAAGAAGUUUAUGCUAAAUAGUCAAUAUUACCAAUUAAUAUCUUUACGUGAAUUUAAUUAAAUAUUAAUGGAUGAUAAAUUGUAUAUAUAAUAUUUAUAAUCUAUAAAAUAUAUUUAUUUAUUUUAUCUACUUUCCCUGUUCUUCCAUGAAAUGUAUAAAACAAAAUAUAAACAUAACCUUCAACAAUUUAUAUAAUUUUUGCACUUUGUGAAAAUUGAUAAUAAAAUUUUUAUUAACAUGGUUUUUUAAUAUUUAUUUUAAUAUUCAUUAAUAUUUGCUUAAAGUUAAAUAUUUUAAUAGCACAUUUUCUAUAUAAUAUCACUUCAAAGUUCACAUAAAAAUAUGAGCACAUUUUCAGUAAAAAAUUUUUUAUCCACAUUUUCGGUAAAAUUCAAUCUAUGUAUUUUUCUUGUUAUAUUAAAAAAUUACUUAUUAUAAUUUAUUUCAUUGUUGAUUUUAACCACUUAAUACAAUUUUUCUUUUUAUGUAUGUAUAGAGUGUUUCUUCUGUUUUGGUUGGUCUUGGAAUUGUUGUAACUACUGGAUUUGCUAUAUCAGCAUUUGUAGCCAACUUUCAGAAGAAAAGUAAAAAGAAGAGGACACUUGUAGAUUCUAAUACAAAGAUUCCUUUGCCGCUUAUUCAGAAACACAUCAUUAGUCAUGACACUCGAAGAUUUAGAUUUGAAUUGCCAUCUAAAAAUCAUAUUCUUGGUAUUUAUUCUUUACCUAUUAGUGUUUUUAUUUUUUUAUCUAUAAUAUUAAUUAAUUUAAAGUUUUGUGAAGUAAUAUUAAUGUUCAAUUUUUAAAUAAUUUGUAUAGGUUUACCAGUAGGGCAGCAUAUACACUUAUCAACAAAAAUAAAUGAUGAAUUAGUUGCACGUGCUUACACUCCAGUCAGUAGUAAUAAUGAUGUUGGGUAUAUGGAUUUGGUAAUAAAGGUAAAUAUUUUAUUUUGCAUUUUCAUAUAAUUGUAUAAUAAAAUACUAUUAAUAAAAUAUUAUUAAUAUUUUAUUACUAAAUUUUCUAUAGGUUUAUUUCAAAGAUCAAAAUCCUAAGUUUCCUGAUGGUGGUAAAUUAACACAAUAUCUUGAAAAAAUGGAAAUUGGUGAUACGAUUGAUGUCCGAGGACCUUCUGGGCGUCUCAUUUAUCAUGGUCGUGGAGAUUUUGAAAUUAAAGCUGUAAAAAGAAUAGAUCCUUCUCAUAAUUUAUUUGCCAAGAACAUAGCAAUGAUUGCAGGUGAAAUAUUGUGUUACUAUACAAUAUGUCCCAUUGUGCUUGACAAGUUUUUCUUGCACUGUUAAUAUUAAAUUUUUUUUCGAUUUUUAUUUUUAUUUUUUUCCCUUAAACACAAAAAAAAAACUAUUCGCUUAAAAAUUUUUUUAAAUUAACAUUUUGUAAAAGUUAUUCAAAAAGUUUUAAUGUAUCACACAUUCAACUCCAAUGAAUAAUUUUUUAGUUAUAACCAUUUUAAUUGUGUGUGAAAACAAUUAAUAUUCAAUAAAAUAACACAAUAUGCGAUAAGGAAUUACAAUUCACACGGUAAUUAUUUACCUUCCAUUGAAUAUUAAUUGUUUUCAUUCCUAUUUUCUAGAAAUUAAAAUUAUAAUUAAGAAACUAUUAUUCAGAUAUAAAUGUUGAUGAUAAAUAAAAUUAAAAAAAAAUUUUUUUUACAAAAUGGCUAUUUUGAAAAAAUUUUCUGAAGUGAAUCAAAAGAUGUUUUUUUUUUUUUUGUGUGUGUAGAUGAAAAUAAAAAUUUAAUUUUUCUCCAAAUUGAAGUUCUCCCUCGAAGACAAAUCGAUUGAAAAAAAAAAAAUUAUUAACAGCGCCAGAAAAAUUUGUCGAACACAGUGAGACACUAUGUAUAUUAGAGUGGUCCUUAUAUUUAUACAUUUUUAUUAUUGAUGACCCCCUCUCUUCUGUUUUGUUUCUUGCUGUGUAAAAAGAAUCUGUGUGGAAUUUGUUCAUGAAUAACUCAUGAAAAUUUCAAAAUUUAAUUAAGAAUACUGUUUUAAUGUUACACUUGUAUUUAUGUCUAUAUAUUAGUGGAUAAUGGAUAUAUUAUCAUUUUUAUAUUGGAAAAAAAAUGAAUUUGAUGUUUUAAAUUCCAAGAAUAGUUAUGGAGCUAUUGGUUUUACAAUGCUUUUUAUUUCUUUUAUUUUUAUUCUACUCUGUGGACAGGUUUUUUCCUAGUAAACUUGCUCCGAUUUGUACAUGUAGCAACUUUUCUAAAAGCUUAAAUUGUCUAGAUUGUACCUUUAGAGAUCAUUUUUUUAAUUUUCGACACCAAUUUUUAAACAAAAGCACUUAAGUGGGAAAAAACUUAGGAAAACAUUCAAUUUCACGUUUUUAAUAUUUUAUAAAAACAUGGACGUUUUCUACCAGAAAAAUGAUUUAAUCAAAAAAUUUUAAGAAAUUUUAAUUUUUAGAAUUUGUUUGCUGUAAUUCAGUUAUAAAUAGAUGUAGACCUGAAACUUGGUAAAAUUCCAAAAUCAUUUAACAACUUUUUACUUAUUUCGUUUUGAAAUCAAAUUUUAAAUGAAAAUUGCAAAAAAAAAUUACAGCACUUUAAUUAAAUUAUGUAUUACUGAACUGCUCUCGAAAUCGUCUUUCGUCAAGUAAUGGUUUAUCGUUGCUUACAACGAUAAGGCAUAAAUGAAAUAACCUUAUGUAUCUUACCUUUCCAACUUCUCACUUACAACAGUGGCUUUUUUUUUUUUUUUUUGUUCAAACUUGAAUUUGUUUACAAUAAAAAUGGAUCCUUUAAUGAUUGUGUUUCAAUUAUUCUGGAUAGGUUUUUUUUUAUUUUUACAUAACCUAAGACAAUUAAAGACUAAGAAUUUAUUGAAAAGCAUUUUUAUUUAGUAACUGUAAAACAAUUUUUUUACUACCUUGUAAUGUAUCUAUUACUUUUGGUUUUUAUUUUUAAUGAACUUUGUUAUUAUACUCUCGUUAGUUGCACAUCUCUUCACAGUAUCGUUUACUGUAUGCAAUGUGUCAAUUACUUUCAGGUUUUGUAAAAGGUAUUAUUCUUUCAUUUGGUUUGAUCCAUUUCGUUAAUUUCAUAUUCAUCCUGAAUCUUUUAAAUAAGUUUGGAAAUUGUUGAUUAGAAUGCAUUGAAAAACGUUAAACAUUUUUAUUUAAAAAUAUCAUUUGCCCGUAUUUGAUAUGCUUGAAAAAUGAUCUCUAUUUGACAAAGUUCAAGAAUCCAAUAGCUUGGUACGUAGGCCAUCUAGUGAGAUGGAUGGCCAAAGGAAUUCUUUGUUUAAAGAUAUAUUUAUUAAGGUUGGAAAAAGAGAUUUUACAAUAAAUUGUAAAAUAAUAAUUUAUAUAGACAUUAAUAGCUGCCAAAAAAUCAUGUAUCAUUUUAUGAUCAGUGAUAGUUAUUUAAUUAUUUGCGAAAAACCACAAAACUAUUUUAUUUUAUCAUUGUCAACCUUCUUAGGACACGGGAAGGGGUUGAGUUGGCAUGACCAUAUUUCACACAGAUUAUUUUUACUCGAUAAGAAACAAAAUAGGUAGGGCCGGUGAUCAAAAAUAAGGACCACUCUACUAUAUAUAUUCAAUAUUUAACAUUUUAUCCUGUCUAUUGGUUAUAUUAGGUGGUACUGGUAUUACACCAAUGUUGCAAUUAAUACGACAAAUCACUAGAGAUCCUGAAGAUGAAACUAAAUUAUCUUUACUUUUUGCUAAUCAGACUGAAGAAGAUAUAUUAUUAAGGGAUGAAUUAGAAGAAGCAGUUAAAAGUCAUCCAGAUCAGGUCAAGGUCUGGUAUACUGUUGAUAGACCUACAGACGGUAAAUAUUAAUUUUAAAAACAUUUUUUUUAAAAGAUUACAUAUAUGAUAAGAAGUUGAACUUUGACUAGUAAUUUAUAAUUAAUUGAUUAAGUUUUUCAAAUUUGAAAUAAAUAACUUUGCUUUGAGAGAAUAAUAUUGUGUGGCGAUUGAAAAUUGUCUAUAUCCACAUAAUAAUCAUCAUGGAAAGAGGGGGAGAUAAUUUGAAAGGUAAAUAUAUAUUUAUAUAUUAUUUAGAUGUGGUCUAUAAAAAAUAACAUUGUUUAAGUUGUAUAAGAAAGUAUGAUAAAACCGGCCAGUCAAUUAUAGAUAGAUAUGAGGUUUGAAAGAAUCUUACAACCCAGAUAAUGAUUGUGGGAAGGAUAAGGAAUCUUAUGAGCAAAAGAUGUGUGACAUAGGGCUCUUUCUAAUGAACACUAAGCAGAAGUAUAUGAUGGAUCCCAAAAACAAAACCAAAUUCAAGUAAGGAGUACACAAAUGCACAACAAAGCGCCUUGAGGGGAUGAUGAGGUGGAAUUAGUGCUAAAUAUAUAUAUUGAAUGAAAUCCAAUGUUUUCAAUACUCAACAAUAAUUCAUUUUAAUUUGUUUGUGCUUAUAGUGAAUCCAUGGUCUCUCACCAUAUUACCAAUUAGAUUGGGUAGGUUGAUAAUUCAUAGAAGAAGGAAACAUAAUCAGCGAGCAUUGGCGAGAGAACAUUAUAUAUGGGGGUCUUAAAUUUGAAACCUCAAUACUUGUCACGAAUGACGAGAUCAUAUAUUAUUGAAAAAAAAGCAACCAUUGACAGCUGAUGAAGGAAAAGUUUCAUGUCACCAACAAAUAUAAGUAAUUUUAGCAUGCAUCAAAUCACUGGUGGUAAAAUUUAGAAACAAAAUAGGAGAGAAGAUGGCACUUUAAGGUACUUACACAAGACAAAGAAAGAGAUUUGAUAAAGUACUAUUGACAGUAACAUGGUUUAUCUAUUAUAAAGAUAAGAACAAAAAAAGACAGAGAGGUUCACCAAUACAAAAUCUAAAGUUCUUAAUAGGGAAAAGUGGUCAACAGGAAAGCAUUGAUAAAAUAUGUAUAGAUCAAUUCUCCUUGGUGAUUUUGUUGGAAAUUAUCAAAUAUAUAAUUAGAUGAUACAAAGUUAAAUACAGUGGGGGGAACCCAUGCUGCUCAUCCACAUUAAUAUCUGUUAAUUAUUUGACAGUGUAAAUAUUUCUUAUUGUAUAAGAACAAAAGCUAUAUUCCUUGUUAAUAUAAACAAAGACAUUUUUGUUUAUUUUAAUAUAAUGGAUACAUUUGUAAUUUAUUUGUAUAAUUAUUAUUUUUAUAUUAAUUUUCUAGGAUGGAAGUAUAGUGUUGGAUUUAUAUCAUCCGACAUGAUAUCAGAACAUCUCUAUCCACCAGCUGAAGAUACGUUAGUGUUGAUGUGUGGCCCACCUCCAAUGAUAAACUUUGCAUGCAAGCCAAAUCUUGAUAAGUUAGGAUACGAUGCUAAGUUACGAUUUUCUUAUUAAAAAUGUGUUACAAAAUAAUAUUAGACCGUCCUAACAGUGUAAAAAUAAUAUAAUAUUGUUAUUCACUUUUUUUAAUAGUUCACUGAUUGGGUAUUUGGUAAUUAACAUUUGAAGUCCCUUUAAAUUAUUGCUAAUAAUUUUGUUUUAGCACUUAAUUUAUGUAUAAAUUGUUUAAUUUUACUAAGCGUAAUAAAAUAUGUUAAUAUUAUGACUACAUGACUUAUACUUCAGAUUGAAUUCCAAAAACGUUUUUAAACUCCUAUUUGGCAUAAGUUAUAUAAUUUGUUGUGUGUGUAAACAUAGAAAAUGUUCAUUUCAAAAAAUUCUAUUAUUCAAGUUUGAUUAAAAUACUUUCUUCUUCUUUUUUUUUGGUAUAAAAAUAUUGUUUCUUUUUUACGUUUAUAUUAAUAAAAAUAUUAUUUUUAAUAUUUAUAUUAUUCUCUCAAAAAGUAUCAGUGUACAAUUUCUUAAUCAGAACUAAAAAUUUUAAAUAUUAAUAAUAAGUUAUAUGAACAAAUACAUAUAUAAAUAUAUUUUAUAUACAUAUAAAUUUUAAAAAAAAAUUGUUAUGAAAUCAUUAAGACUGCAAGUCUCUCAAGUGAGAGUUUUUAUAAAAUUGUCAGAUUAUUAUUAUCAAGUAUUGUUGAAAAAAUAUAAAACUAUUGAAUAAUUCAAUUUUUUUUGUUAACCUACC